AUGCGAGGUUCUUUUUUCUCGCGGCUUCUGCCGCAACUGUCUCUACUGUUACUGCUGCUGCUGCUGCUGCUGUCGUUGAGGCGAGUCUGGGCCCAGGAGCAUGUUGGAACUGCCCCUUCUAGAUCUCCAGUGGCCCCAGAGUGUCCCGAGGCAUGUUCAUGUUCACUAGGUGGCAAGGUCAAUUGCUCCGCACUCGAGCUGCCCGCGGUACCAGUCGGCCUGAACUGGAGAAUAAGUUCACUGCUGCUGGAUCACAAUCGUGUGAGCACACUGCCUCCAGGUGCCUUCGCUGGGGCUGGCGGGCUGCUGUACCUAGACCUGCGGGAGAACCGGCUCCGGUCCGUGCACGCUCGAGCUUUCUGGGGUCUAGGCGUGUUGCAAUGGCUAGACCUGAGCGCCAACCAGCUGGAAACUCUGUCUCCUGGUACCUUCGCGCCGCUGCGCGCGCUGCGUUUCCUCUCUCUAGCGGGUAAUCGGUUGACACUGCUAGAGCCUUCAAUCCUAGGCGCGCUCCCAUUACUGCGCGUGCUCAGCCUGCAGGACAAUUCCCUGUCAGCGCUCGAGGCGGGUUUGCUGAACAGCCUGCCCGCGCUCGACGUGUUGCGCUUGCGUGGCAACCCCUGGGCGUGCAGUUGCGCGCUGCGCCCGCUUUGCACCUGGCUGCGCAAGCACCCGCGUCCCGCUUCAGAAACUGAGAACCUGCUCUGCGUGUCUCCAAGACGCCAGACGCUCAGCCUACUGACAGCCUUUCCGGACGCGGCCUUCAGACACUGCACUCAGCCACUCGCAGCGCGAGACCUGGCGGUGGUAUACUCUCUCGGGCCGGUCUCUUUCCUCGCCAGUCUGGCCAUCUGCCUGGCACUGGGCUCCGUGCUCACUGCCUGUAGUGCACGGCGCCGCCGCCGUCGCACCACAGUGCGCCCCUUACUAAGGAGACAGGUAGACCCUUCGGGCCCAGCCUCCCUAGAGGAUGCUGGGAGACCCGCAGCUGCGGCAACCCAAGCCUAA